AUGGCCUCGAGAACAGGGGGACUGUCGACGGGAGGAAAGGAAAAAUCUGUCCCAGUUGUGGGGCCCGCCCCACCGCCCGGAAGAACCCAGCCAAUUAGAGCUCACCAAAGCGAUGAAGAUAUGAACGACGACGACGAUGACGACGACGACAACGAUAGCCUCGACGGGAGCACCCCGUUUGCAGGAUUGAAGGACGAGACAAUAGCUGGGAUGCUGAUGGAUACGGUGAAGACGGACGACCGGGACACGGCGUACUAUAUGGUCGACGAGCUGAUGGAAUGA